AUGCGCAUCCUCGUUUGCCGAGUGCCCAUGCGAUCUCACGGCGGAGUGCAACGCAAACUGCUGCUGUGCGUGUACGACGACUUCUUCGUCACCAACGAGGGCAGAAACCAGGCCAUCCAAGCAGCAGAGGGCAGCAGCAUCGCGUGCGUGCUGGUCGACAACACAAAUGACCGCAUCUCGUUCAGGGAGCCGCGCACGCCGCUCAAUGACGCCGCGUUCCAGGCAUUCGCAGACGCUGCACGCCCCCACCCCAUAUCCUUCAGCCUCGAGACGCUGCAGUACACGCCGGAGGAGGCCAUCUUCAUUCCGCCACGCAACACCAUCCCACGCCAAGACCCUUUCCCCUUUUACGUCACGAAGGGGGGUGCACCACGCAAUCCAACGCGCCUCUUUGCGUCUGCGCCAGGCACGUGCACCCGCAUCAUCCCAGCGGCAGACGAUGCCGAGCGUGUUUGGGCAAUGUGCAGUCCUGGUGGCGACCUUGAUGUGCCGGUCCCAGCAGACGCCGCGGUCCUUGCAACAUACACAGGCAUCACAACCAACAUCCAAAUCUCUUACAGUGGAUGUGAUGGUGAUUGCACCAUCCGUUACAACGCAUCCACCCAACGCUGCAUCAACGCUGUGCAAAAGAUCGAGUACACCAUCCAGCUUGGCCUCACUACCAUCUCCUCCCUCAAUGUUGCCGUGACCGUCGCUUCCUUUGACGCCUCGGCUACCCGCACGUGGUGUCUGCAGCAAGUGCAUGGUGGCGACGCACGAGUGCCAUCAACGAUUGCAGCACCUCAGCCUGCACAGACGCUUGUGCCGAUGCUGAUGAUGGAGGCAGACACGUGUGACACCGAUGCUGCUGCCAACAGCAAUGCCACCGUGCCGACGAACGUGGUGCAGGCCUCACCAGGCUUCCUCGGCCUGGCACGGCCACCCUCAAACUACCUGCCGGGAAAUGCUUUCGGCACUGCCGGCAGCGACAACGGAAAUGGAGCCCCCGCAGAUGUGGGCCCGCAAACGGCACGCUGUACCUGCAGGGCUGGCAACGACAUUUGUGUUCCAGACCAAAAACGGCAAGCAGCAACAACAAUGACCAUCCCGGGCGACGUGCAGCGCGUGAACGACACCGUGACCGACGUGGAGGGCGCGCUGCGCACCGAAAUCUCCACCACCAGCGAGGUGGUGACGGAUGCGCUUGUGCCGCGGUUCAGCUCCAUGGAGGCGGCCAUUGCCCGCUCUUUCGCUGCCAUCAACGCGUCUCUCGCCGCCACGUGGUCGUCCCUGGAUGGCGUCAACGCCAGCCUCACAGACAGCAUCCAAGAUGUGCAGCGGCAUGUGAACCGAGCCGCCGCGGAGGCCAGCAUGGCCACCGGCGAGCUGAGCCAGGAGGUAUCCACGCUCUUCGAGGGCAUGGGUGGCGUCGUGGGCGAGCUCACGUCAAAGCUCUCUGCAAGCGAAUCAACACAGACCAGCCAAGCAGACACGCUGUUGCAAGUCCAAGGCCAGAUCUCAACCAUCCUGUCCAAGCAAGCAGACUUUGCAGCUUUCCAAAAGGCAUCGAGCCGUGGCCUUGUUCCGGAUUCCCCUGCAUCCACCUGCGGCGAAGUGACAUCGAAAGAUGACGGCGUCUACUACUUUUCCACCUCCACCGGCGUUUUCACGGCGUUUUGUGACUUCCAGCGCGAUGGCGGCAAGUGGGCGAAGGUGCUUCAGUAUCCGGGACAGAACUACGUGGGCUGGACCGAUGACAGCACAGGAUCCGUGGGCAACAUUGCCACGAAGGACCUCGUGUCAUCCUUCAGCAAGCUCUCAGACGUGCAAAUCAACAGCAUCAAGUCGUCAGCCUCUGACUUUCGCGUGUGGAAGAUCGAGUCGGGCUGCACAAACAACAACUUGUACAUCAUCACGCCCCACUCGUAUGUGGACACGCGAAUAGACCUUGGUCUCGCACUGGAUGAAGUGCACAUUCACUGCCUUGCACCGACGCUUGCCGAGUGUGAUGGUAACUGGAACACGGGGGACAUGCGCGGGUAUGACAACGGCGGCGGCCUUAACCUGCUUGACACGUAUUACGUCAGUGGUGACUUGGAUCAAUCGUGCAACCGGUUCUUCUUCGGGCAUCGCGGGAGUGACAACCACUACACGUGCUAUGGCCCAAGCGACAACUCCCGUCGCUGCAUGAGCGCAGGAUCACAAUGUACCUGCGGCAGCAGCUCCAACUAUCCACCACACAAGGAUUUCACAAUUUGGGUGAAACCCCUGGACGAGUCCACUGUGAACCUUGUGGAUGGUCUGCUUCCGGAUAGUCCAGCGCAGUCGUGCAGUACUGUCCUUUCAACAGGCUUGACACGCAGCCAGGCAUACUACCUUCGCGCUGGCGACAAUGUCUUUCGUGGCUUCUGCGACCAGACGGGGGCUGACGGUGGCUGGCUCAAGGUCUUGCACGGCGCUGGCUACCAGUACCGCGACUCGUGCACGUGCGGUCAGGGCGUGGACCACCCCGUCCACAAAAACCUCCAGAUCUUCGUCAAGCCCUUCUCGGAGUUCUGA